AUGACAAUUUCACCAAAAAAAUUAGAAGAUGCAGAAAUUCCAUUAUAUCCACAGUGCACAAAAUACACUAAGUUAUCUGCAAUUGUUGCUUUGUAUAAGCUUAAGACUUCUAAUGGAUCGUCGGACAAAUAUUUUGAUGAAAUGCUAGGGCUUUUCCAUGAUAUGCUACCUUUUGAUAAUGUGCUCCUCAAGUCUAUGUACUCGGUGAGAAAAUUUCUUCGAGCAUUCAAGUUAGGAUAUGAAAGGAUUCAUGCAUGUGUAAAUGAUUGUUGUCUAUUUAGAAAAGAUAAAGAGACGUUGGAAAAUUGUCCAACUUGUGAAACUUCUCGUUGGAUGUCAGACAAGCUUACUGGAAAGGUUCGGAAAGGUGUACCUACAAAAGUUUUGAGGUAUUUUCCUAUAAUCCCAAGGUUCAAACGAAUUUUUAGAUCAAAAACAAUGGCUAAGAAUUUAAGGUGGCAUCACAAUAAUAAGAGUAACGAUGGGAAAAUGCAUCACCCUGUAGAUUCUAUUGCUUGGGAGUUAGUGCAUGAAAAAUGGCCUUCUUUUUCAAAAGAAGAACGAAAUCUUAGACUUGGACUUUCUACAUAUGGAUUCAAUCCUUUUAGUAAUUUGAGUAGUAAAUAUAGUGUUUGGCCUGUGAUGAUGGUUAUGUAUAACUUGCCCCCAUGGUUAUGCAUGAAACAAGAAAAUGUUUUAUUGUCAUUGUUAAUUCUAGGACCGAAGCAACCUGGAAAUGACAUUGAUGUAUAUUUAGAACCACUCAUAGAGGACUUGAAUGUAUUAUGGAAUGAAGAAGUUGAAGUUCAUGAUGCUUUUGAUAACACAACUUUCUUGUUGAGAGCAAUUUUGAUGUGGACCAUCCAAGAUUUUCCAGCUUAUGGGAACCUUGCUGGAUGUAAAACUAAGGGGUAUUGUAGUUUUCCUUUAUGUGGUAAAGAUACACAUUCAGAAUGGUUAAAACACAGCUCAAAGUUUUCAUUUCGAGGCCAUCAAAAAUUUCUUCAAACAAACCAUCAAUUUCGAACUAGAAAAAGUUGGUUUGAUGGAAAAGAAGAGCUUGGACGUGCACCAAGGAUAAUGAAUGGGAGUAAAAUUUUUGACCAUCUAAAAGAUUUUGUGAAUGAUUUAUAUGUUCGUCACAAUUUGAAUGUGAUGCAUAUAGAGAAGAAUGUGUGCGAAAGCAUUAUUAAUACACUGUUAAAUGUUGCUGGGAAGACUAAAGAUGGAAUCAAAGCUCGUUUGGAUUUACAAGAUAUGGAUAUUAGGAGUGGAUUACACCCGCAAGAGCAAGGGACUAGAAACUACCUUCCACCAGCUAUACAUACACUUUCAAAGGACGAGAAACACUUAUUUUGUGAACGUUUGUUCUUGUUGAAGGUACUAGAUGGGUAUAGUUCAAAUAUUCAAAAUUGUGUUUCAAUGGAACAAUGCAAGCUUGUGGGUCUUAAGUCACACGAUUGUCACAUUUUUAUGCAACAAUUACUACCAGUGGCAAUAAGAGGAUUGAUGCCUAAGGGUCCAAGGGAUGCUAUAAUAAGAUUAUGUGCAUUCUUCAAUCGAAUAUGUCAACGAGUUAUUGGCAGGGAGAGCUUGAUGACAUUCGAAAAUGAAGUUGCUGAAACGUUAUGCUUGUUUGAGAGAUUCUUUCCACCAUCAUUUUUUGACAUCAUGAUUCAUUUGGUGAUUCAUAUUGGACGAGAAGCACGAUUAUGUGGACCAAUUCAAACAGUUGAAUUGAACACAAAAAAAGGUUGUAAUGAAGAGUGGGCCAAUGAUGUGAUACUUGAAGGUCGUCCAAUUUCUGGGAAAAAAGAAAUUACGAUAACAGAUGAGUGGAUAGAAAUUGCACACCGAUAUGUUCUGCUGAAUACAUCUAUUGUAGAGCCUUUUAUAGAGAUGCAUAUGGAGGAGUUAAGGAAAACAAACAAAAUUUAUGAGAGAAAUAGUGGCUUGCUUUGGAAAAGACAUGUAGAGACAUUUCCAAAAUGGCUGAAGGAAAAGGUUCCUAUUGAUAUGGCUGAAGAAAAAAAUUUGUUGAAAUGGCUAGCAUAUGGACCCAGAAAACAAGCAAUAUCUUACACAGGAUUAAUUAUCAAUGGUCAAAGAUUCCGUGUAAAGGAUAUUGAGAAGUCUACACAAAAUUGUGGUGUUUCCAUUGAUGAAACAGCCAUGUGUAGAUCUAGUGAUAAAGAUAUAUCGCAAGUUGCUGGUGUAGUUUCCUACUAUGGGGUCCUAAAAGAGAUAAUCUUGUUAGAUUAUUACACAGUUCAAAUUCCAAUUUUCAAAUGUCAUUGGGUUAAUGUUCCUAAUGGUGUUAGGGUAGAAGAUGGUCUUACAUUAGUUAACCUGCACCAAAGUCAAUCACAAUUUGUUGAAGACCCUUUCAUUUUAGCUUCACAACCUAAACAAGUUUUCUACUGUAGAGAACAUGAUUCUUCCAGUUGGUAUGUGGUGUUGAGGGCAUCCCCUAGAGGAUUUUAUGACUUGGAAUACUAUGAUAAGCAUGAGUAUAUGCAUAUCAUUUCAGAAGAAAAUUUUGAAACUGAGUUGGAUGAUGUACUUGAAGAAGAUCAAUAUGUGAGAGUGGAUUGUGAGGGCACGUUAGUUUGA